AUGAAAACUCAGUACACUAAUGUCAUACAUCGAGAUUAUCAAUUAAGUUUACUGAGUUGUUUUGUUCAUGAUGAUCCUAGUCUCUCUCCACCAAACCUUAUAAUUCAUGGAUGUAAAUUUUCAGGCAAAACGCACACCGUAGGCCAGUGGUUUAAGAUCCAACCAGAAAUACUUUGCUGUUCGAUAAAUGCUGUACAGAUGGUUACCGGCAAGCCGUUCGCUCAACAUGUUGCAGUACAAAUUUCCAAGUUAUUGAAGGAAACGUUUCCUGGCGUUGCAAAGAAGGAUUUCGAUCCAUUAAGUGCCGAAGACUUUUCGUUGUUAGCAAAAUUUCUGCAUAAUAUCUUCUGUCAGUAUGAAGAACUGGAGAGAUCGCAUAGUUUGUUUGUGAUUCUGGAUAAUUUCGACAAAAUUGAUGAAUUAGAUGUAGAACUUUUACCAAAGUUUCUAAAAUUGUAUGAAUUACUACCAAGGUCGUUCAAACUACAGAUAAAGUUUAUUUAUAUUAUCCAGGAAACGUCUUUUUUGAACCAAUAUCCAACUUACAAUAUUCCCACAAUCUUAUUUCCUAGAUAUACUCAAGAACAAACUUCUGAAAUUGUUCACUUGGCCAGAGAUUCUGAACUGAGUGGUUACCCACCGCUGCUAUCCAAGAUUGCAUCUUACGGAGAAAACAAUACCUUAGUGAACCGUCGUUGCUUCGAAAUUAGCCAUAAUUUCGUCAAUCUAAUAAUCCAAGCCUUCCAUUCAUAUAGUGGCAAUAACCCUGUAUUACUGAUGGAAUUGGCAGACUGUAAAUGGGAAAGCUACGUCGAUUCAAUAACAGAAGCAAAUUACAAAGACAGCUUAGCACUCUACCGAUUGAAUGUUGAGCUUUUCAGGAAUACUGGGGACACAUUCUUAGACCAAGAAGAUGACGAAGAUGAAGACGUCAGCAACGGUGGCGGUGAUGAUAUAGAUGAUGAGAAUGAUACUAACGUUACUGAAACAAACGGUUCCUAUGACAACGAGAAUCGUACAGUUCAAUCUUCCGUCAUUCCAUCGAACAAACCUCAAACCAAAACGACAGCAUAUGGACUAUCUGCCAUGUCAAAGUAUUUGCUCAUUGCAGCUUAUCUUACAUCCUACUUGAACCCUAGAUUUGAUAGUAAGGUGUUUUCUAAGAAGAGUCAUUUAAGAGCAGGUAGGUCAUCGUACGGCCGUCGUAAUAAGAUGGCAACCAACCCAAGAUACCUACAACCAUCCCUAUUUUCAUUAGAAAGAAUGCUAGCUAUUUUCCAAUCAAUAUACCCAGCACAGAUAUCGAAAGAACUCCAUCCAGAUUUCAUUCAAAAGGAUACGCACAUGAGAGCCAAUGUGGAAGUAUAUGAAAAUCUAGCGGAAUUGAAUUCUUUAAAACUAAUCACAUCUGCGAUUAAUAAAAGUGUAGACUAUUUACAUGAGAAAAUCAAAUGGAAGGUAAACAUACCAUGGGAAAUCAUUAUAGAAGUUGCUAGGACUGUUGAUUUCGAUAUUGCUGAGUAUUUCAGCGAUAUUCAUGAUUAA